UGUGCGCUCGUGAACGUCCGCGGGGCAGCGCGCAGCGGUGUGUCUCUGAAGUGACGCCGGACUGCGCAGAGAUGCUGAUGUCAUGGUGAACGCACCGCUGAGCUCGUUCCUGUGCGUGUUGCAAUGGCGUUGUUGAAGUGGAGGUGAACUGCACCGUUGCUCGGGGGGAGUGCGCACUCUUUUUUCCUCUCCGGUUUUCCAGGGAAACGACCGAAACAGAUAAAUCCGCUUUUUGCUCCUUCUUUUCCUGCGGGUUCUUGCACGAGGAACCAUGACGACGGGACAGGAUGACAGCACUGUCCGUGUGGCGCUGAGGAUUCGUCCGCAGCUGGCCAGAGAGAAGAUCGAGGGAUGUCACAUCUGUACGUAUGUGAUGCCCGGGGAGCCUCAGGUGAUCCUGGGGAAGGAUAAGGCCUUCACCUACGACUAUGUGUUCGACAUGGACUCCCAGCAGGACGCCAUCUACACCGCAUGCACAGAGAAGCUCAUCGAUGGCUGCUUCGAAGGCUACAACGCCACCGUCUUCGCAUAUGGACAGACGGGUUCAGGGAAGACCUACACCAUGGGGACGGGAUUUGAUGUCAACUUUGUGGAGGAGGAGCUGGGCAUCAUCCCCCGCGCCGUCCACCACCUGUACAGAGGCAUCGAGGAACGCCGACAAGCCGCCCAGGAGCAGGGACGCCCUGUCCCAGAGUUUAAGAUCAACGCCCAGUUUCUCGAGCUUUAUAAUGAGGAAGUUCUGGACCUGUUUGACUCAGUACGAGACACAAAGCAGAAAUCUCACAUCAAGAUUCACGAAGACGCCACCGGAGGAAUCUACACUGUAGGAGUGACCACACGCACCGUGUCCUCCGAGGCUGAGAUGAUCCAGUGUCUGAAGCUGGGUGCUCUGUCUCGCACCACCGCCAGCACUCAGAUGAACGUCCAGAGCUCCCGUUCUCACGCCAUCUUCACCAUCCACCUGUGCCAAGUCCGCGUUUGUGCCUCUGACAAUCAAGAAAAUGAGACUGAUAACAAAGUCUCCAACGGAAACUCUGAGCUGGACGAGUACGAGACGCUGACGGCCAAGUUUCACUUUGUGGACCUGGCGGGUUCCGAGAGGCUGAAGAGAACCGGAGCAACCGGCGAUCGAGCCAAAGAGGGCAUCUCCAUCAACUGUGGACUGCUCGCUCUGGGGAAUGUAAUCAGUGCUUUGGGCGACCGAGGCAAGCGGUCUGCACACGUGCCUUACAGAGACUCCAAACUCACCCGGCUCCUACAGGACUCGUUAGGAGGAAACAGCCAAACAGUGAUGAUCGCGUGCAGCAGCCCUUCUGACCGAGACUUCAUGGAGACGCUGAACACAUUAAAAUAUGCCAACCGAGCCCGGAAUAUCAAGAACAAGGUCAUGGUGAACCAGGACAAAGCCAGCCAGCAGAUCAGCGCUCUGAGGACAGAAAUAGCUCGACUGCAGAUGGAGCUGAUGGAGUACAAGACGGGUAAACGCAUGGUGGGUGAGGAAGGUGUGGAGAGCUUUAGCGAUAUGUUCCACGAGAACUCUAUGCUGCAGACAGAGAACGGCAACCUGAGGGUGAGGGUGAAGGCCAUGCAGCAGACCAUUGAUGCUCAGAGGGGGCGGCUCACCCAGCUGCUCAGUGACCAGGCCAACCAGACCCUCGCCAAGGCCGGUGAAGGAGGAACAGAAGAAAUUGGAAAGAUGAUUCAGAGUUACAUCAAAGAGAUUGAAGAACUAAGAGCCAAACUCCUGGAGAGUGAAGCUGUCAAUGAGAAUCUGAGGAAGAAUCUGUCUCGUGCCUCCAGCCGUCAGUCGUUCUACGGAGGGUCCGGCCCCUUCUCCUCCCCCAUGCUGGCUCCUGAGAAGGAGACGUCUGACAUCAUCGAACUGGCCAAGAAAGACCUGGAGAAACUGAAGAAACGUGAGAAAAAGAAAAAGAAAAGUGUCAACAAGGAGGAAAUUCCUGACAACGAGCAAGAAAAGGGAACGGAGAAAGACUUGUCAGAGCGAGCCAACGAGGAAGCAGAAAUUGAGGUCCAGGAGAACAGCGACCAUGAAGAAGGAGAGGAGGAAGAGGAUGAGGAAGAGGAGGAGAUGGAUGUGGAGGAGAGCUCUGAUGAUUCUGAUUCUGAGUCAGACGAAAAAGAGAACUUCCAAGCAGAUCUGGCCAACAUCACCUGUGAGAUCGCCAUCAAGCAGAAGCUGAUCGACGAGCUGGAGAACAGCCAGCGGCGUCUUCACACGCUCAAGCAGCAGUACGAGCAAAAGCUGAUGAUGCUGCAGUGCAAGAUCAAGGACACGCAGCUGGAGAGGGACCGUGUCCUCCAAAACAUGAAUUCUGUAGAGAGCGGCACAGAGGACAAGUCUCGUAAAAUAAAGGUUGAAUAUGAGAAGAAGCUGAGCGUCAUGAACAAGGAACUCCAGAAGCUCCAGUCUGCUCAGAAAGAACAUGCCCGCCUGCUGAAGAACCAAUCACAGUACGAGAGGCAGCUGAAGAAGCUUCAGAUGGAUGUGGCGGAAAUGAAGAAGACGAAGGUCCGUCUCAUGAAGCAGAUGAAGGAGCAGCAGGAGAAAAAUAGGAUGAAUGAAUCUCGUAGAAACCGUGAAAUUGCCACCUUGAAGAAAGACCAACGCAAGCAAGAGCAUCAACUGAAGUUACUGGAGGCUCAGAAGAGGCAGCAGGAGCUCAUUCUGAGGAGAAAGACUGAGGAGGUGACUGCUCUGAGGAGGCAGGCCAGGCCCACCUCUGGUAAGGUCAUCAGGAAAGUCAAUCUCCAAGAACCAGUCCAGGACUCCUCCCACAGACCCCCAUCUGGACGCUUGUACUCCUCCAGCAUCACUGGUCCCAACGGAAACCGUUUUUCCUACAGGCGUACAGUCGGUAUUUACUCAACCAGAGUGGCUCGUAAUAAAUGGCAGUCCCUGGAGCGGCGAGUCUGUGAUGUCAUCAUGCAGAGGUUGACCAUCUCCAACAUGGAGGCUGACAUGAACCGCCUCCUUAAGCAAAGGGAGGAGCUGACCAAACGUAAGGAGAAGGUCAUCAGAAAGAGGGAGAGGCUGGUGAGGGAGGAGCCAGAGGCAGAGAAGACACUGCCCCCCCUCAACGAAGAAGUGGACGCCCUGACGGCCAACAUCGACUACAUCAAUGACAGCAUCGCAGACUGUCAGGCCAACAUUAUGCAGAUGGAGGAAGCCAAAGAGGAAUGUGACACAGCGGAUGUCUCUGCUGUGAUUGGCUCUUGUACCCUUGUAGAGGCUCGUUUCCUCCUCGAUCACUUCAUCUCAAUGGCCAUAAAUAAGGGUCUGCAGGCGGCUCAGAAGGAGUCCCAGGUGAAGGUGAUGGAGGGCAGGCUGAAGCAGACGGAGAUCACCAGCGCUACACAGAACCAGCUGCUCUUCCACAUGCUGAAGGAGAAAGCAGAGUUCAACCCAGAGUUGGACGCCCUGCUGGGGAACGCCCUGCAAGAGCUAGGUAACAUUCCAGCUGAAAAUGGGGAUGACAGCAGCAGUGAUGAGUCAGCACAGAGCCCUUCAGCAGAGGGAACUACUUUAUCAUCAGACCUCAUGAAACUGUGUGGCGAGACCAAAACCAGGAACAAGGCUCGUAGGAGGACCACAACUCAGAUGGAGUUACUCUACGCAAACUCCGACUCUGCCCCCGACGCACCCACUGCCGACUUCUCCAGUCCGAUGCUGCCGUUAACUGAGACUCCAGAAGGGGACGUGGACACGUCAGGCUCAUCAGUCAGGGACUACACUGCUGUCUCCCCUGGCUUUUCCUCUAAAAUGGGCAGCAUUUCUGGCUCCAGAACUUCGCCAGGGGUGGAAAAGCGAGCUCCGGAGCCUUCGCCGCUCUCUCGCAGGAAGACCUAUGACAAGGCGAAUGCAGCAGCCGACAGGGCAAAGGUCAAGGAGAUCAAACAGGGCGUCAUUAACCCGGUGCCGUCCACUAAGAGUAGCCGGUCAGCCACGUUGCAGUGUGUCCACGUGGCGGAGGGACACAGUAAAGCUGUUCUCUGUGUCGACUGCACUGAUGACCUUCUCUUCACUGGAUCCAAAGACCGGACAUGUAAGGUGUGGAACCUGGUGACAGGUCAGGAGAUAAUGUCCCUGGCCGGUCACCCCAACAACGUGGUGUCGGUCCGCUACAGCUCUAGUUUGGUCUUCACCGUCUCAACUUCGUACAUCAAAGUCUGGGACAUCCGCGACUCGGCCAAGUGCAUUCGAACGCUGACGUCGUCUGGUCAGGUUAAUGUUGGGGACAUCUGCGCGUCAAACACCAGCCGAACUGUCACCAUCCCAGCAGGAGAGAACCAGAUCAACCAGAUCGCCCUCAACCCUAACGGGACGGUUCUGUACACCGCCGCCGGAAACUCUGUCAGAGUCUGGGAUCUGAGAAGAUUUGCUUCCACUGGGAAACUUACUGGUCACCUCGGCCCAGUGAUGUGUCUGACUGUGGAUCAGUCUGGAAGUAACCAAGACCUGGUGAUCACCGGCUCCAAAGAUCAUUACAUUAAGCUGUUCGAUGUGACGGAGGGCUCUCUGGGGAGCAUCAGCCCUGCACACAACUUUGAACCGCCACAUUACGAUGGAAUCGAGUCACUGGUGGUGCAGGGGGACAUUCUCUUCAGCGGCUCCCGAGACAACGGCAUCAAGAAGUGGGACCUGGACCGCAAAGACCUGUUGCAGCAAGUCCCCAAUGCUCAUCGGGAUUGGGUCUGUGCACUGGGCGUUGUCCCCGGCUCCCCCGCCCUGCUCAGCGGCUGCAGAGGCGGGGUGCUCAAGCUGUGGCACACAGACACACUAGGGUCCCUGGGGGAGCUCAAGGGUCACGAAAGCCCCAUCAACGGCAUCGCUACCAACAGCAGCCACCUGUUCACUGCCUCAGAUGACCGGACUGUGAAGAUCUGGCGUGCAAGCGGUGGACUGGACAGCACCUCAGAGGUGGUUGACAAUGUGGACGAGGUGGCAAGCAACUGAACAGAGCGCCACCUGCUGGGUUUGACUAUGGAAGAACAUCAACAGCAUCCAGUGAUGCUGCCUCUCUAAACUUUGACCCCUUACCUCUGAAUCCCAAUGCUCAGCCCUAAAACACACCUUCAUUGCGAUGUAACCUUUAUGACUGCGCCAAGAGGAAACACUAACGUCAAUAGCUGUGUUGUUACACUCUGUAUUCUCAGAGGCUUCUGCUAAUCACAUUUACUUAACUGUAUUGGAGUUUGAACUUUGUCCUUUCUCUUCUGCACUGUCGACAGUUAUUUGACUCACAAAAUGCUGAAGAGUUUAACACAGCUCUGUGCUGUGUCAGGAAAACAACACAACGAGAAGAAGGUGGCAGAGCUAACAGGUUGGUAGCGGGUCUUCACAACCCAGUUCUCCAGUGUCUUUAGAUUGUUUCCCUGCACCAAUGUCCCCAUGCUUUUUUUAUCCCCACUACUAUCAAAAGUGUCUUUACUUUGUGUAGAAACAACAAAUCCCCUAAAUGUCUCUUCCUAACUGAUUGUCUCUGCUGUCCUGCACUGCACUGGUGAACAGAACACACUUUACAGUCACAAACCUGCUUCAAGGAGAUGUUUGACACUAUGGGGGAUGGGAUUAUUCGCUUGCCUCUGUCUGCAAUGGAUUCAAUUAGCAUUCACUCCUGGGCCAAAUGACUCAGGUAUAUUUGACACAGGUUUUAUUGGCCUCAGAGAUGAGAGAGCACCUUUGAAUGCGACGCACGGGGGGAGAAAGACAAGUGGCAAUGGAAGAUGAGUCAAUCAAUGAGUACCUGCUAAUUUCUGUGUGAGAGGUAUGUGAUGAGAAAAUCGCUACCAUAGUAUGUCUGGUGAGGUCAUGUGCUGUCAUGUCAAAUGGAAGGCUACGUUCCUCUUAUUCUCUAAGUUUAUUUACUUCCUUUUCCAAAACAAUUUGGUUUUGGGCAGAAUUGUAUUUAUUCUAAGCUGACUGGAAGCUAUCUGCUAGCCUCAUAUUUAUUAGCAUUGAGCUUGUCGUCAAACUCUGCGAGCAGUCAAAUAAAUGUUUUUCCCAAAAUGUCGAACUGUUCCUCUAACUCUUGAGCACUUGUGAAAACAGACGUGAUAAGUAUUUGACAUUUCCUAAAUAUGAGCAGGAUAUUCUACACCUGGUUCUUUGUAAGUGAAAAAUUGUAUGUUCACUUUUCACACGUCGCUGUUAACAAUCACUGAACCCACACUACAGAGUCUACGUCUCCUGCUGCUAAGUCAUGUGCUCACCUUCCUUCACCCUAUGAGAGGGCUUCUUGUUGUGGACUCCAGGUGAGGUCCACUCUGUACCGUAGCAAUGUGUAUGUAUAUAUAUAUAUAUGUAAUAGCAUCUUUUAGUUUCUCUGAGAGGAGAGACCUUCAGACUCUGCCCAAGUAGUGAGCCUAACCCCGUCUGAUCGCCACGCUCUGAGACACACUCCCUGUCUCCAUGAUCUGUCUCUGUCACGAUUGUGUGCCGUCACUUUUGAAUGUUCUGUGAAACAGCAGCUGUAGACAUUAUUCAAAAUACAUAUCUGAUGUAUGUAAACAAUGUGUUUUGAGAAGAAUCUGACUGAAUGUUAGUUUUGUGGGACCACCGAUCUGAACACAGUCUCCCACGAGAGGCGAGAGUAACACUUUGGAAGGUGCUUUUCCUCCAGUGAGGUGGCAGGCUUUGGUCUAGUGGCUAAAGGUUACUGUUACUUUUUUUCCCUUGUUUUGUUAUGCUGUCCUUGUUCCACAUUUUGGUUCUUCCCUUCUGGAGUUUCAGUUGCCAAUCCCAAGCGGCGGACUCUAGCGAUUCUAAUGUCAGAUGCCUGGUGAGAAUAAACGCCAUCUGUCAAAAACAAACAA